AUGCAGUUCCAUCCACAUCAAAAGUUACAACAAUACCAACAACAACACUAUCGACUCUCCCAACAACAACAACAACAACAACAUCAAAACAAAAAUGUUGAUCAACAUUCGCCAAUGCUACUAAAAACAGGAAGUAGCUUUUCAACCGGAGACAGCUGUCCCUCCGAAAAUGACCAUUUUAAGACGGGCAAUUUAGUGUUUUUGGGUUCCGGAAAGAGUAAAUGUAUCGAAGAUCUAGAGACUGACGAUUUUAUGCAACAUCCAUUUUAUAACAACAACAAAAACAACAAUAAUAACAACAAUAAUAAUAACAACAAUAAUAAUAACAACAAUAACCAUAUUGACAAAAACAAUAAUAGUAAUAAUGUCCCAAAUUUUAACAACGACGUCAAACAUUCAAAAACUGACAAAAUUUCAAAUGAUGACUACGGGAAAGUUCUGUACAUGAACAAGGACCACGUGAACAAUAGAGUGGUCUUGGGUUUUUCCAUUGGUAAAGAUCAACAUCAGGUAGCAAUUGAAGCCAGAACCAGUCACCCGUUUUUCUCUCCUAAACAUUUCUGGACGUCAUGUGACCCGACGAUGUCACGUGACAUCUAUGGCCUACACUGCCAUCAGCUUUCCAUAGGUGACGUUUGUUUGGUACUGGUCAAAAUGGAGAAAUCCAAACGUCAGAGUCAUGAUUGCCGGAAGCGGAAAAAGUUCAACGGAGAUAAUCCCAUCAACAACAACAACAACUCUUAUAACAACCACAACAACAACAACAAUCACAAUAACAAUCACAAUAACAACAACAACCUCAAUAACAACCACAACAACGGUCCCAGCAACAACAAAAAUAGCAAAAUCAUAGACAACAACAGCAACAACAACAACAACAAUAACAGCGAUACACCGUCCGGACGGUUUCACGUUUAA